AGCAAGGGGACACAGCUCCGCAAUCGUUAUAAAUCUCAGGUUUAUAAAAGCUCUUACAGAUCUGGCAGGUAGAAGAGGGGCCCCGGGGACUCAGAGCAGGCCCUGACCGGCACUUGGACUACAUUUCCCAGCAGCCUUCACGCCGAGGAUCAGUCCUUGCGGAGGGAAGGUGGGGGGAUGCUUACUGAACGGUGGCUGUGUCGAAAGGGACAGGAGACCAGGCACAGCAGGCAUGACUGGAGAGGGAGGUCCCAAUGGUGCUAGAACGGUGCUGCAGUGGCAGAAGGUGGCUCAUGAGUGAGCUCCCGAAGAACGACAGGGAAGACAUCCAUCAGUCGCUCCAAAGUGUUCAAGUCAAGUGCUGGGCAGAAACAUGAUCACACUGAUUACUGAGCAGCUGCAGAAGCAGACUCUGGAGGAGCUGACAUGCACGCGCUUCAGCAUCAGUCUGCCUUUGCCUGAUCAUGCAGACAUACCCAACUGUGGGAACCCUUUCCAGCUUGUGUCUGAAGGUGCUUCGUGGAGGGGCCUGCCCCACUGUUCUUGUGCUGAGUUCCAGGACAGCCUCAACUUCAGCUACCAUCCCUCAGGCCUAAGCCUGCACCUCAGACCACCCAGUCGGGGAAACUCCCCACAGGAGCAGCCCCUCUCCCAAGUACUGAGCCCCGAACCCCCAGACCCAGAGAAGCUUCCUGUGCCCCCUGCCCCUCCAUCCAAGAGGCACUGUCGCUCACUCUCGGUGCCUGUGGACCUGUCUCGCUGGCAGCCAGUGUGGCGGCCCGCCCCCUCCAAGCUGUGGACUCCCAUCAAGCACCGGGGCAAUGCUGGAGGGGGUGGGCCGCAGGUGCCUCUGCAGAGCCCUCCGAAGCGGGUCUCCAGCCUCAGGUUCCUCCAAGCUCCCAGUGCCUCUUCUCAGUGUGCCCCAGCCCACAGACCCUACAGCCCUCCUUUCUUCAGCCUGGCCCUGGCCCAAGAUUCCUCUCAACCCUGCGCCACCUCCCCUCAGAGUGGUUCUUGGGAGAGUGAUGCUGAGUCCCUGUCACCCUGCCCACCCCAGCGCCGCUUCUCCCUGUCACCCAGCCUGGGCCCACAGGCAAGCCGCUUCCUGCCCUCUGCCCGGAGCUCCCCUGCAUCUUCCCCAGAGCUGCCCUGGAGACCCCGAGGUCUCCGCAACCUUCCCCGAAGCCGCUCACAGCCUUGUGAUCUGGAUGCCCGCAAAACUGGUGUCAAGCGGCGGCAUGAGGAAGACUCCCGGCGCUUGCGGCCUUCCUUGGACUUUGACAAGAUGAAUCAGAAACCAUACUCAGGAGGUCUCUGUCUCCAAGAAACAGCCCGAGAAGAAGGCAGCAGCAUCUCUCCACCAUGGUUCAUGGCCUGUAGUCCCCCACCUCUCUCUGCUUCCUGCAGUCCCGUCGAGGGGUCAUCCCAGGUGCUGAGUGAAAGCGAAGAGGAGGAAGAGGGGUCUGUGCGGUGGGAGCGGCAGGCCCUGAACAAGCGGACAUUGUGCCAGCAGGACUUUGGGGACCUGGACCUGAAUCUGAUUGAAGAAAACUAAAAGUGAGAGGCUGCUUCCUGGGCCCAUGCAGACUGUCUAAUGGCUACUAACCCAUGUGGAGGCCCCAAGGCUGAGGGCCCAGCCUGGGAAAGGGGGUGAGUGGAGGGCUCCGACUCAGGGCAGCCCAAGUCUUCCUGCUCCAGCAAACUCGACCAUGCCAAGAGACUGGCCGGGACAAGAUAAACGGAGCUGGUGGCGGGAGGGACAGCCCCAGAGCAGACCCUCCCCAUGGCGGCCCUGAGUGUGAGUAUCCCUGCCACUGAGAGCAAUGGGCAGGGAAGGAAGGGGUCUGCGACCCCAGCUCGGGGAAUUUCACUAGCCCCUUUGCUUCAAAGGGCACUUGUGUCUUAGAAUUUGGCCAGGGUGGGGGGGUUCAGUCAGCCUCCUCGGAGAAAUUGCGUGAGUGUGUGUGUGCAUGGGUGUGUACGUGAGGAAAGGUAUGUCUGUAGAGCCUUAGGGAAGGCAGGCAGUUGCUCCUUUAACAGCAGAGCAUCAGGAUACCCCCCGAAACUUGUUUUUUUUUGUGUGUGUUCUUAAUAUAACAUUGGGCUUGUUCAAGGUGUCAAGAGGAGAGAGCUUUUUUUUCUUUCUCUUUUUCUUUUUUGGAGCCAGGCUUUUAAGUUCGUAGUAUCACUGGUCUGCAGAUGGUUCUGUUUUGGGGUCUAGCAGAAUCUUUUGAGUACUGUGACUUCAGCUAAUGGUCUUUUCUUAAGUCCUGCCCUCUCCCACUGGAUGAAUCUAGUAUUGAGGCUGUGAUGCAGUCCCCACACUCGUUGUUUUCAUCAGAUUGUCUAAGCUGUCUGCAGUCUGCCUCUCUGGCUCUGAGAAGGUGCAAACAGAUGGACAACUGAGGCAGAGCUGAAGAGCUCCAGCUCUCUCUUCUUCACCAAGGGAACCUUUCCUUUUCUGAUCUUACAAGCCAGAGACAGAGUUGAUCUCCAGAAUAUGUUGAGGCAGACCAGCAGCAGGAGCAGUGACAUUUCUUCCCUCCAAGUCCUUGAGGCCACCCCCAGCAUGGCCGUUUGGAAGCUGGCUGUAGAGAAACUUAUUCUUGCAAGAUCUAGACCCAGUCUCUUUCUGAUCCACUUGAAAAAGAGAAAGGGUGUUCAGCAUUUAAUAGUUUGCUUGUCUUCCACUCUUGCCGUUUGGAAGCUGGCUGUAGAGAAACUUAUUCUUGCAAGAUCUAGGCCCAGUCUCUUUCUGAUCCACUUGAAAAAGAGAAAGGGUGUUCAGCAUUUAAUAGUUUGCUUGUCUUCCACUCUUGCCAGGAAAUGUUUAUUUGCCUCUAAUUGGCCCUGAGAGACCACAGAGAGGCUGGGGCUCACUGAGGGAUUGGCUGGGGGUGUAUAAAGCAAAGGCUAUGAGAAGCAGCUGGGAGUUUGUUGUUGUUGGAUUGAAUUUCUUUUUUUGUUUCUCACCCACAACCUCAGCCGGUGCAGCAGAUCGAAGUGGUUGGAGUGAUGGACUUAAAGUGCAGAUACCUCGGCAGGGUUGGCACCUGUGGGCAUGCAUAGAGCAGCUACCACUAUGCAGCCUUUGAGGCUUUGUUUAGAAUACCCUGUAUAACGAAAUUGGACCUGCCCUUCCCAUUUAUUAUAGUAAGGGCAUUUUUCUGUUCAAUUUCCAUGGUGUCUUAAGGCCCAAUUCCUAAGACAACCAAGGUCAUGUUCUUUCUUCCUUGUGGAAUUGAGCCUGAUGUUUAAUGUCUCCCACAUGUUAAUAGGAAUACUAUGGAUGCUUCAGGGGAGGCAGCACUGUCUUCUUAACCCUGUGGCCCUCAGAGGCUCUACCUUUCCAGGGCUCCUCCCCAUCUCCUGGCUGGUUACCACAUCUUACCACUGGGCUACCGGUCUCUAAGGGCCCAAGAGAGACUCUCUUGAGAAUCCAGGGAAACUGAGCCCAGGAGUUAUCGCAGGUUUCAUCUUUCCCUGGUUCUCCCUCUUUGGUCCAUAAUUUCCCUGGUGCCAGCUUCUUUUCCACCUGGGGCAUCCUCAUCCCUGGGCUCUCUGCUGCAGAUGGCAGUGUCAGCCUCCAGUAAGUCACUGGCAGUGCCAAUGGGGUCUCUGCAGGCCCUAGGUUUAAGUGACGGCAGUGAUUCUGCCUCCAACCUGGCUUCCCCAAAGCCCUUAGGUCACCACCCUUAGGGAAGGAGGCCUACAGUUGUCAUAUUUUAAUUCCAUUACUUUAAGUCUGGAAUGUUAAACUAGGCAGAACUAUCAUCUUGCUUCCCAGUUUAAAUGCCUCUGGCCCUGGAACAAGCCUUUUCAAGACGUGAAUCAUUUGUUUUACACAGUAGAGCUGUUCCAACAGUUCUGUGUAAACCAAACGCUGUUUUUCAGUGCAUUUGGGCUGCUGACCGUGUGACAGCAGCCUAGGAUUGCUUCUUUUGUAAAGCAAGCAGCCUCCCUCUACUUUAGCAGUCUCAUCAUUUGGGUUUUCACACAUUGGGCUUACCCAGAGUGGAGCACACCUCCGGGGCUUGUGGCUGAUGCUGUGUAGGUGUCUGCAUCUGUGCUGCGUGUGUGGUGUGGCUGGCCAGCAGGUGAGUAUUACUGCGUGUGUGAGUGAAGCCACUCCCAGGCUGAUGCUCUCCUCCUGUGCCCGGUGACUGCCCAAUGGCAGCUCUAGCUGCCCUUCAUUCCCACCUGCUGCCAAAGUCCCUGUGCUAAUGGGAUUACAGAAACAAAAAGUGGAAAAAAAAUUUUCGUAAACUUUGUUUUAUAUUAAAAAAUCCAUAAGUCUGUGUGUGUUAAAACAUGAGGUUCUGCCUCUGUGGCUGUGUUUGAAAAAAUAAAGUUUUAUUAGAAUAAUCCAUUUUCCCAAGCAA